GCCACGAGCACGACACGAGACCACCAUCGUCCGACGAACUCUCUCUCUCUCUCUCUCUCUCUCGCUCGCUCGCUCGCUCUCUGACGACGUUUCUCGCCGGCGAACCAAUACUCCGACGACGUUGAUUCAACCCGUCGGUGCUAUUACACAAUGAGCGAUCCUCUCCGAGAAGACGAUUCAAACGCAGACAACGCCAAAGACGACGAAGCCGAUCGUCUAUUGUCUUCCCAAUCGGCACAAUCUCAAUCUUUCUCUCUAUCGCCGUCACCAGGCGGUGAAAAAGACGACGAAGAAGUCGCUUACGAAUCGCGAGAGAAGGUCCUGAUCGUCAAUUUCGAUUCCACCGAAGCUUCCGCCGCCGAUUACUCGGCGGUCCCACCUUUCUCAUGGAAGAAAUUGUGGUUAUUCACGGGCCCAGGGUUCUUGAUGAGCAUUGCAUUUCUGGAUCCAGGAAACCUAGAAGGAGAUCUGCAGGCCGGAGCGAUUGCCGGCUACUCCCUGUUGUGGUUGCUGCUGUGGGCCACGUCUAUGGGCCUACUGAUCCAACUCUUGUCUGCCAGGGUCGGUGUCGCGACCGGCCGGCACUUGGCCGAGCUCUGUAGGGAGGAGUACCCCUAUUGGGCCGGGUUGUUGUUGUGGUUCAUGGCAGAGGUGGCCUUGAUUGGGGCUGAUAUACAGGAGGUGAUUGGGAGUGCCAUUGCCAUCCAGAUUCUUAGCCAUGGGCUUCUGCCUCUUUGGGCUGGUGUUUUAAUUACAGCUGCUGAUAGUUUCAUGUUUUUAUUUCUUGAGAACUACGGAGUGAGGAAGUUGGAAGCUGUUUUUGCAGUUCUCAUUUCAACUAUGGGUCUAGCUUUUGCCUGGAUGUUUGCUGAUACAAAGCCUAGUGGAAGAGAGCUUCUAGUAGGUCUUUUGGUUCCAAAACUUAGCUCAAAAACAAUUCGACAGGCAGUGGGAGUAGUGGGUUGUGUGAUAAUGCCUCACAAUGUAUUUCUGCAUUCUGCUUUGGUACAGUCAAGAGAAAUUGAUCCUCACAAGAAAGGUCAGGUCCAAGAGGCACUGAAUUACUACUCAAUUGAGUCCUCAGUUGCACUUUUUGUCUCCUUCAUGAUCAAUUUGUUUGUUACAACUGUAUUUGCUAAGGGAUUCUAUGGUACGAAACAAGCAGACAGUAUUGGCCUAGUAAAUGCAGGGCAGUAUCUUGAAGAGAAAUAUGGUGGAGGAAUGUUUCCAAUUCUCUAUAUCUGGGGUAUUGGGUUAUUGGCAGCAGGGCAAAGUAGCACCAUAACUGGCACUUAUGCAGGACAGUUUAUCAUGGGGGGUUUUCUUAAUUUGCGUUUGAAGAAAUGGCUGAGGGCAUUGAUUACACGAAGUUGUGCUAUUGUGCCAACUAUUAUUGUAGCUCUUGUUUUUAACAGAUCUGAAGCUUCGCUAGAUGUUCUAAAUGAAUGGCUUAAUGUGCUUCAAUCUGUACAGAUUCCUUUUGCACUUAUCCCGCUUCUUACGCUGGUGACUAAGCAGCAGGUUAUGGGAGUCUUUAAAAUUGGACCUACUUUGGAGAGAGUUGCUUGGACGGUGGCUGCCCUGGUAAUAGUGAUCAACGGCUACCUUUUGCUGGAUUUUUUCUUAUCAGAAGUUAAUGGAGUGUUAAUUGGUUUCGUGGUCUGUGCUGCGACUGCUGCAUAUGUGGCGUUCAUUAUAUAUCUUAUUUCACAUGGUGGUGGCCUGCCUUGUACUUUGUUCAACCUAAUACGCUCCAAAGGAUAUGUUUACGCAGGGAAUUGAGCCGAGCCGACCAAUUUCAUGCUUGUUUGAACACACUUCAAGAAGUCGUUAUGCCCUGUCCACCAAAGCCUUGCCGAAUAGCACAGAUGGGUUGUUCUACUCUUUCAACGGUGAAGCGUUCUCUUUCGACAAAUACCUCGAACUUCAGUGCAUAUAUCGACAGUGUGCAUACAAAUUGAAAAUUUGAGUGCAUUUUGCCUUUUACUGUACUUACUAGUACACGAUGAAGCAGACGUGGUCAAAAUUGGUGCAUUGAUCAUGCAGGAUAUUCUUCAUACUUUCCGAGGAUGGACAAAGCAUUCAUUUUUCCUUCCGGUGGCGUCUCCGGUGCCCACUGAAAGAGAUUUUGUGUAUUUAUUUUCCAGUAGAUGUAGAAUUGUUCCAUAUGCUGUAACAAAUAGAUGAGUCUAUUGCCUGUAGUCAAAUUGGCAAUUUGGUACCCAGUUGGAACUUCACUCUAUAUAAAGAUGGAAUGAAAUUAGUGCAAA